AUGUUUACUUUGGACCGCGUGGACCAGGCGCUGCGACGUCAAGGGGUGGAUACGGCGCCGACAAAAUUCCUCCACGACAACGCUCGGUCGCGUGUCGCAAAAAUCAUCCAGCAGAAAAUUGAAGAAAUGGGCUGGGAAGUCCUGCCUCAUCCGCCAUACAGCCCAAACUUGACGCCUUCCGGCUACCAUCUGUUCCGAUCAAUGCACCACUCCUUGGCCGAGAAAAAGUUCAAGAACCGCGACGAGGUCCAAAUUUGGGUGUCCAACUUCUUCGAGUCGCAGCCGGUCGAGUUCUUCAAGAAGGGCAUCCAUUCUCUGCGUGAACGUUGGCGACAAGUCAUUGAUGCAGAUGGCGAAUACCUUUUGGAU